GACUCCAGUAUCGCUCUAUAUAACAAGUGGAUCCGAUCUAGUCGCCAGUCGUCGUCGUUAAAACCGAGAAGAGACCAGGCCGAAGGAAAACAAUCCUGAAACCAAGCCAUGGGUCUGCAGGAGGAAUUUGAGGAGCAUGCUGAGAAGGCAAAGACCUUGCCUGAGAGCACGAGCAAUGAGAACAAGCUGAUCCUCUACGGGCUCUACAAGCAAGCCACGGUUGGAGAUGUGAAUACCGAUCGUCCGGGCAUAUUCUACCAAAAGGACAGGGCCAAGUGGGAUGCCUGGAAGGCUGUUGAAGGCAAAUCGAAGGAUGAGGCGAUGAAUGACUACAUCACCAAGGUGAAGCAGCUCCAGGAGGAGGCUGCCGCCUCUUAAAAGUCUCUUAAUAGUGUUGCCAAACAGCUAUUUGUCAGAUGAGCUUUGUGCCAUUUCCUCAUUAGAAGUAUAUCAUUCGAUCCAUUGGGGAUCUGUGAACCAUGUACCUGUUUAUGUAACUUUUUUUUUUUUCGAAAGAGCGCAGGAGGACUGCGCACCCAUAUAUUAAAGUAGAGGGAAAAUAAAGGGCCAUAAUGAUGAUAUCCAUCUAUCUAUCUAUGUAACUGGUUUAUGUACCAUGUACCUGUUUAUGUAACUGGUUACCAGUGUUAUCCAUCUAUCUAUCUAUCUGUGAAGACUUGAGUCUUCUAAAUUAUGAUAU